AUGGCUGCCUUCAAAUUCCUUUUCUUACUACUAACCCUGCUUGCGGUACAACUCUCCGAAGCCACUCGUCCGAGUUCAUUCUCUCCUAAUUUCAAUCUUCCGGGCUUUAAUGGCACGAAAUGGGCUGUUCUGGUAGCCGGUUCAAGCGGUUACUACAACUAUCGCCAUCAGGCGGAUGUUUGUCAUGCGUAUCAAAUAUUGAAAAGAGGCGGGUUGAAAGAUGAGAACAUUAUCGUGUUCAUGUAUGAUGACAUUGCCAAUAACGAAUUGAAUCCGAGGCCUGGUGUCAUAAUUAAUAGUCCCAAUGGUUCGGAUGUUUAUGCGGGUGUGCCAAAGGAUUACACCGGAGAAAAUGUGACAGCAGCCAAUUUCUAUGCUGUACUUCUUGGCAACGCCUCCGCCUUAACCGGUGGAAGUGGAAAAGUUGUCACGAGUAACCUUUUCGAUACAAUCUUUGUGUAUUACACGGAUCAUGGAGGCCCUGGAAUUCUUGGGAUGCCAAACAUGCCAUUCAUUUACGCUAAUGAUUUCAUCGAAGUAUUGAAAACAAAGCAUGCAAUGGGUACAUAUAGUGAGAUGGUUAUAUAUGUAGAAGCAUGUGAAAGUGGAAGCAUUUUCGAAGGUCUUAUACCCCAAGAUCUAAACAUAUACGUGACAACUGCAGCGAAUGCAACCGAGAAUAGUUGGGGCACUUAUUGUCCCGGUAUGACCCCUCCCCCACCUAAAGAGUAUAAGACUUGCUUAGGUGACUUAUACAGUAUCUCAUGGUUGGAAGAUAGUGAUGUGGAAGAUCUGAGUACCGAAACAUUGGAAGAACAAUACUUAAAUGUGAAAUUGAGGACUCUAAACAACAACACUUAUGAGGGAUCUCAUGUGAUGCAAUAUGGUACACAACGUAUAAGCAACGAGACUGUUUCUGUUUACCAAGGUUCUUGCCCGACGAACCACACCGCGAAUCCUUUGCCAUCUUUUGACUCCUUGGGGGUGGUUGAUCAAAGAGAAGCAGAUCUUCAUUCCAUGUGGCAUAUGUACAAGGAAUGGACCGGAGAACCACAACAAAAGGAGGAAUUACUCAACGAAAUAAAGGAAAUCACAAUACACAGGACACUUUUGGAUAGCAGUAUGAUCACUAUAAAUGCCCAGCUAUUAGGAGAUACACAACAUGGAUCCCAGAGGGGUUCAGGAUUACCUCUAGUGGACGAUUGGGACUGUCUUAAAUCCAUGGUUCGGACAUUUGAGACACAUUGCGGAUCAUUGACCCAGUAUGGCAUGAAACAUACUCGAACAUUUGCUAACGCGUGCAACAAUGGCGUUAGCGAGGAAGCCAUGUAUGAAGCUGCCAAGGCAACAUGUAGCUCGUAUAACAUGGGGAAAUGGGAUCCUAAGAUUGUUGGUUAUAGUGCAUGAUCAAUGACGAAACAAACAGUAUAUAGGAUGGAUGGAAUGUUUUCUGUUUCGUAUGAUUUUGUUUUGUCUACAAUAAUGAUGACAAUAAGUAGAACAAUGGCCAAAUGACAUGGGCUUGUUGUUAAGGUGAUCCCAUAUACCUUUGUAACUUCAAUAUAAGAGGGUGAAUAUGGAGUCCAAAAGUUUCAUCAUUA